CGCGCUUCACACUAACACUGCAGACGUCACCGCGCCGCCUCAUGUCGUCGCUCGUGUAUCUGCUCACCGGAGGCUGCGGCUUCCUCGGCCGGCAUCUGCUCACCGUCCUGCUGGAGAAGGAGGACGCGCUGGCGGAGAUCCGAGUCUUCGACAAAACGGUGGAUCCGGGUCUGAGGGCGCGAGGCACAGAGCGCACAAAGGUGGUGGUCAUCCAGGGCGACAUCACGGACUACGGCAGUGUGUUGGAGGCCUCCCGGGGGGUCGACGUCGUCAUCCACGCGGCCAGCCUGGUGGACGUGUGGCACAAAGUCCCAGAGACCCUCAUCCGGGCCGUCAACGUCACAGGAACGGAGAACGUGGUCAACGCCUGCGUUGAGUGUGGCAUCCAGAGCCUGGUCUACACCAGCAGCAUGGAGGUGAUCGGCCCCAACGUGCACGGAGACGCCUUCGUCAGGGGCAAUGAAGACACGCCUUACCGGGUCAAGCACACCAUGGCGUAUCCUCAGAGCAAGGCCAAGGCCGAGAAAAUCGUGCUCGACGCUAACGGCACGAAGGUGAAAGGUGGGAAGUGCUUGUACACGUGCUCUCUGAGGCCGACGGGGAUCUAUGGAGAGGGGCACCAGCUAAUUAAGGACUUCUACACGCAGGCUGUGGAGAGGGGGGGCGUGGUCGUCGGAGGUGUCCCGAAGGACUCUGAACACGGACGCGUCUACGCAGGCAACGUGGCCUGGAUGCAUGUUCUGGCGGCCCGAGCGCUGAGGGAUCGCCCGCACGCAGUCGGCGGCGAGGCGUUCUUCUGCUACGACGACUCGCCCUACAAGAGCUACGAGGACUUCAACAUGCAGUUCCUCUCCACGUUCAACUUCCGGCGGGUGCGCAUCCCCUCCCUCGUGCUCUGGUUCAUGGCCGUCCUCAACGACGCGCUGCGCUGGGUGGCGAGCCCGUUCUACAACUACACGCCGCUGCUGAACCGCUACACUCUGGCCGUGGCUUGCACCUCGUUCACCGUCGGCUCGGAUAAAGCCGAGCGCCACUUCCAGUACCGCCCUCUGUACGACUGGGAGGAGUGUCGCAGCCGCACGCAGAGAUGGGUCGAGACGUUUUCCGUGGGUAACCCCAAAGACUCGUAGUGUGACCUCGUCCGAGCUGCCACGUAGACGUUGCUGGACCCUAAAAGAAGGACGCUGAACCUGCAGAGAAGAUAAGGAUACUGCAUUCACAGUAUGAAGUAUAUUUAAUUGUAUUGGAAGUCUAGCAGCUUGUUUAUAGAGGAAACGCCGACGUUCAGCUGAAGUCCAAACGCAAAUCGUCCUUUUGAAACCUGCAAUUCAUGAUUCAAAUUCUAGUGAGUUCACUGGAACCAGAAUCAGGAACUACGCUUUCCGUUGAAUUAUUCAAGUAUCGAACAUUUCCACAUCAGCAUUUUUGACGAUAUCAAUGAUCACAAAUGUUACCGUUUAAAAGAAUUUCCUGGACGAUUUUAGACCUGUAUUUUAGUAAUAGAUUAUUAUUCAUAAUGCAUUAAUUUAAAGAAUAUUCUCACGUUUUGUUAAAUGUAUCACAAUUAGUGUUUCUGUUUUUUUUAAUUUUUUAAUAAAGAUGUUUAAUAUA